AUGGCUGGUGGUGACUGGACGACAGACUCAAACGAGGCGUUAACCCUCUCCUUGGUUCGGGCUCAGGAAGAUAAAAAGGCCUUGCGGAGUGACGAAUCAUUCGAACAUUUUCACCCGACGUUCACGUAUCCGAUAUACGGCGAAGAGGAAAAGAUAUACGGCUAUGAAGACCUCGUCAUUGACCUGCGUUUUGCUUCGGGUUCUCUUGCACAAUUCCUCUCUGUCAGCUAUGCCAAGAAGCUAGAUGCGUCAUCAACAGUGGACAACGCAGAAGGUAUUCUCAGCGAAUUUAUACCCCCUGGGUAUGACACCAACGAGGCAAUGUUCCUUUCACGAGUUAAAGAAGAUGCGAUUUCAUUCAAGCCAAUAGGAAGGCUCGUUCAUUCGUACAAGCGCUCCCCGAGAACUCGUGCUCUACUGGAUGGCACGAGCGAGGAGACCAUAGAGUACGAAGUAUAUCAUGCUACGUUGGACGACCCUGGAUUCAGGGAGUAUCACAGACGAAUGCAGAUUUUUAUAUUGUUAUAUAUUGAGGCGGGUUCGUAUAUUAACGAAGAGGAAGAAGGGUGGGAGUUCGUCGUACUGUACGAGAAACGGAAACGCGCAGAUGGUACACCAACCUAUCAUUUUGUGGGUUAUUCGUCACUCUACAACUUCUAUUGCUUCCCGGAAAGGGUUCGGCUGCGUCUCAGCCAAUUCGUCAUCCUUCCUCCUUACCAACGACAAGGUCAUGGCUCCGAGUUAUAUACAGCAAUAUAUAACUACGUUCUUUCUUGUCCCGCCGUGUCUGAGCUCACGGUGGAGGACCCCGCAGAAGCUUUUGAGGACCUCCGCGAUCGAAAUGAUCUUCGGAUGCUCCUCGCUCAUGAACAGUUUAUACGAGAAGGAUUUGGUGAUUCUGCCGUGACCGGUUCACAUGGUGGCGGUCGAGUUAUCAAAGGAAAAUCGCGUUCCCGAACUCAAGUUGCCCCACUUGGAAGCAAGGGUAAAGGGAAAAUGGGUCCACCCGUGGACAGGGCGUGGGCGGAGAAUUGGCGUAAAGACCUUAAGAUUGCCAGUCGACAAUUCCAUAGGCUGGUGGAAAUGCUAAUCCUACUGCACCUUGACUCUGCAGAUGUGCGGGCAGAGAGGGCAUUCCGACUGCAAGUAAAAGAGCGACUAUACCGGUUCAACUUCGAGGUUUUGGCGCAACUGGAGAAGGAAGAACGGCUAGAGAAACUCGAGGAAACUUUCCAAAGUGUCCGCGAUGAUUACCAGAGAAUAUUAGCAAUGGUUCGAUGAGAGACUUUGUUGAUAUGUGCGUUUUGAAUUAUGAUAACGAUUGCAUCAAGAUUUUACGCGCGACUAG